GUUGUUUUGCUUUCCGGGAGACGGUUCUUACCAAAGCAGGACGUCUUCUUCUGCUUUUAAACUCCAGCACCGACUUCAUUCCAUGUCAAACCCCAACUACAAAACUAUUUAACACGAAGAAGACGCCUUGUCAUGGACUUUUCUAAAGUCGUCUUGCGGGCGUCCGACCAGGCGUCUCAACUUUUAUAGCAACCUAUCGCUCCUGGUUGAAAAUGUCUAAAAAGUCAAAGAAGAGUAAAAAGAGAUCAUACUCUUCCCCAUCUAGAGAAGAUGAUGAGAAGAAGCGCAAAAAAAGCAAAGAAAAUGAAGAUCGACGCAAAAGUGAAGAUAAAUAUGAAGACAAGAACAAGCAUGACAGCCGUUCAAAGCAUGCAGUGCGCCAUUCACCGGUACAUGACAAGGAUUCCUCAAGAGGCCGUGCAAUUAAAAAAGCUGUUUAUAGGCAGUCAAAGACACACUUGACCAAUGAAGAAUCUCAUGGAAAGCACGAGGGACAUUCGAAGAGCAGAACGGAAUCUCAGUCUUGCCAUUCAACACCCUGUAGUAAGGACAAACCGCUGAAUGUUGGAGAAAGCACUAUCGUCAGGGACCGUAUAUCUACUGAUGAAAGACCAUCAACUUCUGUGACUGCCCUUGCCAUUCCUGUAAGGCAUUUUUUGGAAAAAGGCCAGAAAACGCCAGAAAAGCCACACACAAGUGACCUUGCUCUUCAUCCUUCCAGGAAGGAUAGAAAGUGGAUUGUUGUGGAGAACAGCCACAGGGACCCACCUUAUACUAGAAGCCUCAGCUCCAGUAUGAAGGCCAGGGAUUCCCUCAGGUCUUAUUCUGUGGUGGAGGACUCAAGACGUCAUGCAAGUGCUCAAAGUUUCUCUACAGAGCCGCGGCACAAAGAUAAGCACAAAGCUGCUAAAAGCACUCAUGGACUUGAUAAAACAUUCACUCAUAAAUCACGACAGUCCAGUCCACCGCUGUGCCGAAAAUCAAGUGAAGACCACAAGUCUUCAAGGUCUACUGUCAUGAGUAGAAGUACAGGGACUGCUUCUACCAAAGAGAAGGAUUUAGUUUCAAAAGAAACAAAGAAGGGACUGUGUGCAAAAGAAAAGUCACCUGCGGAGAAUAUUAUCUCGCAGUCAGUAAAGACUAGUGUGAGUAGUGCUCGUGCUUCUAAAAAUGUCGCCAUUCAUACCUGGUCGUCAGUCAGUUCAGCUCCUAAGAUUGUGAAAGACAUUCCCCACCGGAAAGAGAGAGUAAACCUUUCAUGUAGCCAACAAAAGGUGUACACUCUCAAAUCACCUGAAGAGAAUGUUCAACCACAGACACCCAGGACGUCCUUGAGCACUAACAAGGCUUCUUCUACUUCCAAACCCUGGCCUGUGUGUGCGGUCCCUCCGAAAAUGCACGCCAAGCAGAGUGGUGCAGAUCUCCCCUCUGUCAGUUGUAAAACAAAUUCUACGUGUCAAGCGUCGUUGGAUGAGUCAUGUGGCCCCAGCAGUCAAUUGUGGUGCAAUCAGAUGCAAGUCGCAGAGCAGCUUCAUCUUGCUCGGUCUGAAAAGAGACUGGAGGUGAAUAUUCGGGAGAGCUACGGAGAACUCACCUGCAUGGACAUCGACUCACCUGAAGAGGGCGUUACAGCUACACAGAGCAACGAACCGCAGCAGGACUUGAUUCUUGUCCUGGACACAAACAUCCUCCUCAGUCAUUUGGAUUAUGUGAAGCAGGUUGUCUCUCGUGGACUUGAAGGUGUGGGUCAUCCAGUCGUCUUGAUCCCCUGGGUGGUCCUGCAGGAGUUGGACUCACUAAAGAAGGGAAGAGGGUUGGCCGGCUCAGUUUCCCACCUAGCCUGCCCUGCCAUCUCCUACAUUCACAACUGUCUUAAGAAUCGGGAGCCACACCUGUGGGGUCAGUCGAUGCAGCAGGCGUCUGUGAUUAACGAUGGUCUAAACGCUGAGAAUAAUGAUGACCGGGUGCUGCAGUGCUGCCUGCAGUACCAGACUCUGUAUCCCGGCUGCGCUCUCAGACUGUGCACCAAUGAUAAAAACCUCUGCAGCAAAGCUCUGCUUAGCGGGGUCAAAGCCUCCAGUAAGACUGAUUUGGAAGCAGAGAGCAGUGUUUCCAGACGUCAAAGUACCCACAUUCCCCUCCUCCCUGUGGCAUCUUCACCAAGCACAACAGCUACACCACAGCAGUCAAAACGUCCUGCUGUAGACAAGCAUGAAGAAGUGGAAAAGAACAUAAGAAACAAGUGCAUUUCAGAGCUGGAACUCUGCCUGAAAGAUGUACUGGCUGAUGUGCUGGAGAAGGAGAUGAAGGCUGUUUACGAUGAUCUGUGGCUGGAGAUUGUGUGCCGAAAACCUCCCUGGACUCUCAGUGACAUUCUACAGUGUUUUAAAAAGCACUGGAUCGCUGUGUUUGGUUCUCUUGUCCCACGGAAGCUGCAGGACAACGUUGACGAUCUUAUAAAGUUCUUCAACUCAGGUAACUCAUUGCCUACUUGCAGUGUAGUAGCAUCUAUCCGUCGGGCCAAAGAAUUUGUGAAGGCCUUCACGUCGAGGUCCAGCCUGGUCAGCAAUGCUCUGUCUGAAAUGGACAAUAUGGUCAACACCCUACAACAUGGGGCUGCUCAGUUGCUUCAAACACCAACAGUGGAUGAGUCUGCUGACUGUGACGUGAUCAUGAAGGAGGUGGAAGAUUACAGGCAGCCUGCACUUCCUCAGGUCUCCUGCCAGGAAGUGUGGGCAAUGUUUCACAACAUCUGGGUUAACGUCUUCCAAAUAAGCUUGGAAGUGUUCAAAGCUCUUAGCUUUGACCCUGACAGCAUGCAGAGUGGUCUACCGGUGGGGGGUCCGCCGCCUCCACAGGACGCUCUAGCCUGUUUGAACAAAUUGUCCUCCAUGAUCUCGCAGCUGCUUGAAGCCUUCAGCAGAGUCUUGUCCUCAGGUCCGGGUGAAGAUGAAGUGCAGAACCUGCUGCUUGUUAUCCGGUCUAAUGGGAUCAGUGAGGAAGUUUCCAGAGUAUCAGAAAAGGAUUUGCUGGAUUGCUUUUCCCAACAAGAAUACAGGGAGAAGCUCUUGAUCGGCGGGCAGCAGCUGUUUAAGGUGAAAGAGACGCUUGAAGCUUGUCGAAUGGCCACUAGUCCCACGUGAUGAGGCCUUGCAAGCCCUCUGAGGACAACACCGUCUGCCUAUUUCUUCAUGAUUCAUGGCCACGUCCUGCAACAUGAAUCUUCCAUACUGUAUACUGUCUCUCUCUGUGUUUUGUAUUAUAUUUGGAUAAGAUUUGUGUAUGGUUCAUUGUUUUAGAAAAUACAAAUAGCGCUUUUUUAAACUUUUUUUUCCCUGAAAAACGUAUUGUUCACAAUGUAGAACGUGAAGACAUCCAUAAACUAACAGUCAUCUGUUACCAAAGUCUCAUUUGUAUCUUCAUUUGUGGCAGAAGUGGGCCUUGCCUCUCAGUCUGCCGGUGGGCUCUGGGACCCACCAAAAACAAUCAGACCUGGACUUGCCAGUGAGCGACAUGUGGGCCAAUGCACUUCCUGACUGCCCCUUUUAUACUUUACAUCACCAAAGUUCCCGUUCCUCACAUACCGUACCGUGGUUACAUACAGUCAAAUGAUGCUUUGAAAUUGGAUACAUUUAAAAUACAUUUCACUUUUGCAUUUUCAGUGACUCAAAUAUAUGUCGCAGAAAAGUGCCCUCUGACUGGAAUAAAUGCUCAAAGUAAUUUCUGUACAUUCAUAUAUUUAUUGAACUGCCUGGUGCAAUUACCUUAUUAUUGCUAACCGAAAAUAUCGGUUUGAAGUUUUCUAUUUAAUAUGCUGUUAUGCUUUUGUUUCUGCCAUCAAGUUACGUUAUCAGCAAAAGUGUUAUUAAAAAAUAUUUGGAUUUUUCAGUUAAUCGGAAGUUGAAAUGAUUUCACGUAGCAUUGAUGUAUUUUUGUUGAUGUUCAAUGUUUGUGUUUUUUAAGAAUCACUUUCAAGUUCCAGCAACUGCGUCCGGUCCCUGCAGUGACACCUGACACGUUGUUGAAUAACUUUUUGUUUGUGUGUUUGUACCUGACAAUUCACUGUGUAAUUAGUCACUGGUUCUGUUUGACUGCCACAUUGAAUAUAUAUUUUAUGAGAUCUACUUUUAUAGCAAUUAAAUGAUUGACUUAAGUUUGUACUUUUGUUACAGAAAGUUGACCAUUGUGGCAUAAUCAUGCCACAAUAUGUUGUUAUUUUGUUGAAAUAAAACCAGUCGCUGCUUUUGU